AUGGCUGAUAUGGAAUUACGUGCAUUCGAAGCACGUUUGGAUACGAUGAUGGAUCAUUUGAAUGAAGAAUCCACAGAAUUAAUCAUCGAGAGACCGCGAUACGCUCAUGCAGUUAUGGUAUUUGCUAGUGGCGAUGAGCCGGGCGAAUUACUCACCGCUUCCCGAAUUAAAAUGUUGGAUCCGAUAUAUGUUCCGGUUGAAGCAUCAACGAAUGGCCAUCAAAUUUUUCAUCAUUAUUCUGAGAAUAAGAAUGCUACUUCAGCAGUGGAAUCAGCUAGUGAUUUGAGUAAUUGUGAUAAGAGAGAUGAUUUUGAUUUUAUUACUGCGGUGAAGAUUUAUGAUGACGACGAUAUCCAGAAAGCGUUAAAAAAACUGGAAGAAUCUCGAAAUAUGCUUGAUGAACCGAUUGUUCCACUUCCUAUCAACAAACUUCUGUCAAAUGGUUCUGAAUUUAAGUGUACUAAUGACAGUAGCACAGUAUGUUCGAAAACGCCUCAAACGGUCACUCAUCGUACUGCAUCGCCGAUAUUAAGUGGAUCUAUCUCUGAAAGAUAUGCUGCACUGAAAGAGGACAAUGUUAUGUUUCCGAGUCAGCUACGACAAGAACGCCGAAUAGCCACGUCCUCAGCGUAUAUUGUGAAGUAA